UGAUUUAAGGUAGUAUAGUUUGACGACGUGGUUGGUUUAGUGAUACUCUUCACUCUGAAUAUUAUCCACAGGCGCGGUGCAAAUAGCAACUUUUCAAAAACCUAAAACUAAAAAUUAAACUGCAACCAAAAAUUGAUCCUCGAAGCAAAGGGACAUCCAAGCAUUGAGAUUCAUUGUAAUCCUAUACGCGAAAAGUAUAUAAUUAUAAGAUAAAAAAAAAUGUUGCAAAAUUUAAUUGAAACAUAAUUUUUUCAGGCCAUGUUUCUGGCUCUAUUGCUCUUCUUCUUCGUAGUUUGUCUCUACCUGUACCUUGAUGCCCAGAAGCCUAAAAACUUCCCACCAGGUCCCGCCUGGUGGCCGGUGUUAGGGAGUCUUCCAGAAGUGUUGCGAAUGAGAAGAAAAUUUGGAAGCUUGAGCAUGGCGGCAACCUUUUUGGCAAAGACACACUGCGAUGGCAAAUUGGUUGGUCUGCGCAUCGGCAACGACGUCCAGGUGGUGCUCAACUGCGCCGAGGCAAUGAAGGAAAUGGCCACCAAACCCGAACUGGGUGGGCGUCCCGAGGGACCCUUCUACCGCUACCGCACCUGGAACCUCCGCAGAGGUAUUAUAUUGACGGACGGAGAUUUCUGGCGCGAGCAGAGGCGCUUCCUCGUUCACCACCUCAAGAACUUUGGCCUGGGCAAAUCUAGUCAGAUGCAAUCGAUCAUCAUGAGGGAGGUGCACGCGAUGACAAGUUACUUUAAAAUGGCCAUCAACAGUAAAGUUGACGGAAAAGCAAAUUUACCGCUUCAUGACGCUUUUGGCGUUCCCACGUUGAACACAAUAUGGACAAUGCUGGCCGGAUCCAGGUAUGAACAUGACGACGUGGAGUCGCGAAAAUUGCAGACAAUCCUGGCCGAUAUGUUUGCCAGCAUGGACAUGACCGGAUGCCUAUUUAACCACUUCCCAGUGCUGCGCUACGUUAUGCCCGAGGCUUCUGGCUAUAAUAUGUAUAUGGCAUGUCACAAGAAGUUUUGGGCAUUUCUGCAUGAAGAGAUCCUCCGCCACGAGGCCUCUUACGUGGAAGGCUCCCCCAGAGACUUCAUGGACGUUUACAUCAAGGAGAUCAAAAGUAGAGUUGAUCAAAACUCCUACUAUUCGGAGUUACAAUUAAUGGCAAUUUGCAUGGAUUUGUUCCUGGCUGGUUCGGACACAACAAGCAAAUCUCUGAGUUUUGCUUUUCUCCACUUUUUGCGUCAACCUCACGUUGUGAAGAAAAUCCAGAAUGAAAUCGACAGAGUUGUUGGAAAAGGAAAAUCAGUUACAUUGGAACACAAACCAAACAUGCCGUACACUGCAGCGGCGGUUGACGAAGCACUCAGGGUAUUCGUCGGACAAGUUAUUGGAGUGCCGCACAGGGCAAUGGCAGAUUCAACAUUGUUGGGUUACUUCAUUCCGAAAGACACAAUUUUGGUUGGAAAUUUCAACGGUUGGUUCAUGAACGAGGAAUUUUACGAAGAUCCAUGGACUUUCAACCCUGAGAGAUUCCUGAAUGAAAAGAACGAGGUGAUUGUGCCAGAGCAUUUCAUCCCAUUUGGAGUUGCCAUGGAAGACAUCGCUCCAUCAAUAGAUGAAUUACUUGACAGUGGAAAAGAAGAAACUCAAUUUUGCACAGAGGCUAAUGACGCUGACAUCAUCAAAGACGAUGUUGACGAAAGUGCGUUGCUUGCAAUCCCAGAGUCUUAUAGAAGCAACUCUGAAAAAGAAGAACAAGUUCUCAUUGACGCAGAAAAAUUUCUUUCUCAAAUUGAAUCUAAAUUUCCACAAAGAAAGAAACCAGCCAUGGUUGUGUACAACGAGUGCGGUGUUAAGAAGCUUCUUUGCACCUUCAUUCGGCGCACAGCCCUGGCCUACCCCGAGCUAAGCACCUGGCAGGGAAUCGCAAACUUCGUUUCAGACCACGGGGCCUUCCAACCAAUGCCAGAACCCACAAAGCAGGAGCACUAA